AAGAGUCGGUUCGCUUAUUUUCCCUCUCUAAAGUGAUGCUCGGAAUAAAAUGAAUGCUUCAGUAGACGAUUAAUUAAAGCUGGACACUUUCUUGUUUUUUUUUUUUCUCUCUGGAUUAAUAGUUUUAAAUUAAUAAAUAGGUUUAUUUUUGACUCUCUUUCCAUAUUGGUACAUAUUGUUUAAAUGAAUCUUGUAAGAUUUAUGAACAGCCGCGCACCAGCUAAUAAGAGGUAUCAGCCGACCGAAUAUGAGCACGCAGCUAACUGUGCGACACACGCGCUCUGGAUCAUUCCCAGUAUUCUGGGUGGAUUUUUGCUCUACUUCCUCUCUGAUGACCACUGGGAGGAGAUUUCAGCGUGGCUCUAUGGCGCAGGCUUGUCCAGCCUUUUUAUCAUUUCUACAGCCUUCCACACCAUCACCUGGAAGAAGAGCCAUAUGCGGUCUGUCGAGCAGUGUUUCCACAUGUGUGACAGGAUGGUGAUUUACUUCUUCAUAGCUGCAUCCUACACACCCUGGCUGACUUUACGGGAACUCGGUCCGUGGGCCGCUCACAUGCGCUGGGUUGUCUGGGCGAUGGCCUCUGGAGGAACUGCAUAUGUCUUCUUCUUUCAUGAGAGGUAUAAAGUGGUGGAGUUGGUCUGCUACACGGCAAUGGGAGUCUUUCCAGCGAUGGUUAUUCUGUCUAUGGGGGACAGGUCGGGUGUGUGCGAGCUGUUGGUUGGUGGUGGGUGUUACGUGUUGGGGAUGGUGUUCUUUAAAAGUGAUGGAGUGGUGCCCUUUGCGCACGCCAUAUGGCACCUGUUUGUUGCCAUGGGGGCGGGCAUCCAUUACUACGCCAUCUGGAAGUACUUGUACACACCUGGCAAUCAACAGACCAGCACCGCUCGGUGA